GCACCUUAAGCUGUCAGUCUUGAACUCUUUUGUGCAGUUUUCUGCAGACCACACUCUUUUGGUAUCGUUAUCCUCAAGACACUUCAAUUGGGAGACUGCAUCAACGAUGGCCUUCCAAUGGCUUUUGCCGCUCACGCUCGUUUUCCGAGCAGCUCAUGCGCUUCCAUUCUUUACCAACGGGACGAUACCUACUAAUCUGACAACUACAUGCGCAAAUGCACUACUUACAGAUGUCAUACAAUGUCCCCCAACAGCUGCUCGUUUCAUGAACGGCUUUUAUUAUCCGCCAGCGACUUUGGAGAAAGCUUGCACCAGCGCCUGCUCCACGGCGCUGGAACAAUACGAAACUCAGGUUAGGACUGCUUGUGUAGGGCAGACCUGGGCUGGCUAUGACGAUGAGAAUGAUGCCCCUCUCGACAUGAUCCCCAAUCUGAUGCGAUACAAUUGGGAUUUGGCUUGCAUUCAGGACUCCGGGCGAUGGUGCAACGUAGUCGCUGCAGCGGCCGCGGUGCAAGCAGAUCCGGGCCAGAGUCCUGUCGGAUGGGACAGCACACCCCCCACUGAUGUGCAGUUUUCAGGACCCUGUGACUUGUGCUUCAUCAAGAACCUUCAGAAGCAGGCUGGAUCGCCCUAUUACUAUGGACCACAAUUACAGUCAAGCUCAAUCUAUCAAUCCAAGACGUCAAGCUGCGGAGUGGCCGGUUAUCCUUUGACUACUUCGACUUUACCUUGGUCAUUGCCACAAGCUGCAACUCCAACACCUUCAUCGUGUGCUGGUAAAAAGUAUACCGUUGCCUCUGGGGACGACUGCUACAAGGUCUCCAAAACCAAUGGCAUUGGAACGGCGUGGCUACUCUCGGACAACAACCUUGCUGCUUACUGCAGCGAAUUUCCCACGAGUGGUGAACUAUGCAUCCAGAAUACUUGUGAGAUUUAUACAGUAAAUACUACUGAUACUUGUGAGUCCAUGGCGAAGUCUAACAACAUAACAAUUGCACAACUCAAGGCCUGGAACCCAAUCAUCAAUGCUGGAUGUCACAAUCUCUAUAAGAUGAAUGAGACAUCAAUUUGUGUGUCGAAUCCUGGUGAGGCCUACGUGACACCUCCAGCGUCGCCUCCACUCGCCCCGAGCACAGCGACCUCGGCGGCUCCAGUUCCAACGAAUGCCAAAGACGAAUCGAACAGAAAUUGUGGAUCUUGGUACAAUGUAGAGGAAGGCGACUACUGCAAUCUAGUCACGAUGAGAUAUGGACUUUCCUUGGAAGACUUCGUGUUCUUGAAUCCUUCACUUAACUCGAAUUGCACGAACCUGCUAUUAGACAUCAGUUACUGUGUUGCACCUGUUGGUGAUAUCAACGAUUACUCAGGGCGUCCGGGUUAUCAUACACCCGGCGCGACAGGCUUGCCGUUCACUAAAGUCACCUUUGCCCCCGCGAGCACAACCUGGACGCCGCAAAUCACAAGGGUUCCUUUCGCUUCAGGAACACGCGAUGAUUGCUACCGCUACUUUGACGGCUCGCGAAUGCAGACUGAUAUCUCGGGUACAAACUUUCGCCAUCAGUGUGACUUAGCAGCGUCUGUAUAUGAUGUGUCACUCGAAGAAAUACUGCUCUGGAAUCCUGACCUAGGAACCGAUGUUAAUACCACAAGCUGUAGUUUCAAAGAAGGUGUACGUUAUUGCGGUAGGUUUUAUGUUGAUCAGCCACCUACUCCAGUAGAAGGUCCAGAGUUCUCUUUCCCCCUUAGGGAGGGAUACGAUGUCAAUUGUACCGACUUUGCGGACGUUCCCAAAGACUUUACAUGUAGCGAUGUACUCGAUGUUUUCGAACUAACCAUCGCACAAUUCUAUAGAAUGAAUCCAGCCGUAGGCCCGGAUUGUUCAAACCUUUGGACGGAACAGGCUUACUGUAUGGCUUCGCCCAAUACGCCAGCACCCAGUCCGAGCACAAGCAUUCUCUCAGUAGCACCUAGCAGCACCUCCAUGCUAGGUCCUAGUGCACCGACCCAUACCGGACAGCCUGCGAACUGUGUCAAAUGGCACACGGUCGUUGAUGGUGACAACUGUGCCAGCGUUGCCGACGAAUAUUUCAUCACCCUGGAACAAUUCUUUGCCUGGAAUCCGGCUGUCUCUAGCGACUGCACGACAAACUUUUGGAAAGACCAAGCGUACUGUGUGGGGACUUCCGAUUCAAUCAGCAUCAGCCGUUCUGCUCAACCAACGCCAACACCGACAAGUGGCCUCGUGGUUCCGACUCCCAACCAGCCGAAUAAUGUGGUCAGUGAUUGUAACAAGGUCGCACAAGCUUUGGAAGGAGACUAUUGCUAUCUGUUUGCCGAACGCAAUGGAAUCACUACGACGCAACUGUAUGCAUGGAAUCGAGUACUCGAGAACGGCGAUGCUUGUGGUAGCUCAUUUUGGAAGGACUAUUGGACAUUUUUUGGGGUUCUGAAUACCGCCAUGGAGAAGUUACCGCAAGAACUCAUCAACAAAAUUGUUCUGUAUCUAGAACGCUAUCCGAAUCAGCCACAAGUCCCGAUAAUCGAACAGCAGAGUCGAGAACCUUCGAAGCUCCCACCGUAUGCGAUGAUUUCUAGCCACUGGAGAGAGGCUGUCGAAUUUGUUACGUUCCACAGGCUGCUCAUCAAGAGUGAUGAGCUGAGUCAACUUCGAGCCAUCGUGACAGGCAAUCGUCGCAAAUAUCUAACGAAGCUGCGCUUCAUAAUCCUGAUCCCAGAGUACUCAGAAGAACAAUGCGGACGCGUUGAGUCGAAAGAAGAACAGCAGUCCAACAAUGAAUGCUUCACCCAGAUCAUCGUAGAUUUAUUCUCUACUUUGAGGCAGUGGGAGGAUGCAGGUCUACUGUGUGGACUACGAUUGCAACUAGAGCAUGUGCAUUCCCCAAUUGAUCUUCGCGACCGCAACCAAAUCCGACUUGAGAUAGCGCAGGGCAAGCGCGACAGAGACAUCUUCGAAAAACGAUGGGAAGACUCCUAUCUUGAUCUCUCCGAGUCUAACAAGAUACCGACACUUUCGAACCUUACUUAUCUCAACGUCCAAGGCAGCCUCGUCCGGAAACUUGCGCCUGCAGUCGGACCUCGUCUUGCAGCAUUUCUACCUAAUGUGACAAGUCUAUUCUGGAAUUUCGGAGAGGGAGGCGAUCAUCUGAUCAACGUUGAAAACAGGACCACAUUCGCGAAGAUGCUCGAGCAGACGAAGCUUCAGCAGCGCUCUGUGGCCGAGAUCGAUUUCCAUUCAGAGACUCCAUCGGAUCAACGGCUGGCAGUACCUUCACGUAUACCACCAGGCGCACUAUAUGAUCCGUUCAGUGCCUCCCUGCGUGUCUUUUCACAGAAUCUCACAUCCCUUGCCCUAAGAGGCUAUUUCGAUUCAACUCUAUUUUGGCCAUCAAGCCACGAGACAUGCUCCACGCCCACCUGGCCCUUUCUCAAAACACUCAAAGUCUUCUUCAACAUGGCAACUCCAUCUGGUGACUGGUACUUUGACGGAUCGACUGCAUCGUCUGAUGAGCAGUUUCGCGAGCAUGGUAAUCCGAAAACUUUGGAUCCGUUCCUCACUGCGUUCGCGAAGGCUGUGCAGAGAAUGCCUGUCCUCACACAUUUCGUGCUCGAGACUGAGCUUGGCUACGACACAGGCUUUUGGGAUAUAUCCUACCACGCGCCUGGCCAGAGAGCGGAGACGGGAGAUGAGAGCGAAGAUGAUGUCGGGGUUCGGCGGGUGUAUUAUACGGUCGGGGAAUUAUGGAGACCAGAUUAUUUCAUUGCAGAAGCUUUUCGAGGUAUCGGGCGGGAAAUCCAUGGGUCAGAACUGAUUGAGAGAUUUCUCGAGCCCAGGUCUUGGACACUUGACUGUUCUAUGUUUUCAUUUCUAUGCUAACCACUUUGGAUGGUGGUCCUUCCUUAUCUGGUGCAGUCUCGAUGGGACCUCCGUCAAAGACAGAUAUCUGUCCUCCCGAGGCUUGGAUUUUAUUUACACGUCGUCGGACAUUCACAAGCCUUUGCUAUCGUGGUCCUCUAUUUCUUUUUUGAACGCGGUUGUAGUCACCAUAGCCAUGUUUAUGGGAACAGUGAGGCCUUAAACCUUAAGUCUCCAAUAGGUAUCG